CCACGACCACAAAAUCGACGGAAGAAGCUUUGUUCAUCUGUACUUUCGACCUCUGAACGACCGUUAUCAAGGAAAUUGUUGAAAAGUUAUCGGAUUUCCCGAGGAGUUGAAGCCUCGCAUGGCGAUUCGAUCAUCUGGGGUGAUCAAGAAAUCGAAUUUGAUCCAUGUGUGGAGCCAAUAAUUGACAGGGUCGCCCGAUUUCAAUGGCAAAACCCGAGAGUACGUUUCCUCUAUCUUCCGCCAAAGUCCACCCCUUUACCGACCCAGAGGCCGAUCCCAACUCCUACUCGCUUGAGAAGUUCCGCCUCUGCGAGACCCGAGCUAGAUUUUACCUGAUUGGGAGUGAUCGAAAAAAGAGGUUCUUCCGGGUAUUGAAGAUUGAUCGCUCGGAGGCAUCUGAUCUUAAUAUCAGUGAGGACCCGGUUGUCUAUUCCCCAUUGGAAAUCAAGAACUUGCUGCAGCGGAUCGGUGAAGGAAAUCGUGCCACUGGUGGGCUGACAUUUGUGGGAAAGUUCUAUGGAAUUGCAGGAUGCAUCAAGUUCUUGGAGUCAUACUAUCUGAUUCUGGUUAAGAAGCGUCGGCAAAUCGGAUGCAUAUGUGGUCAUGCAAUUUAUGGGAUAGAAGAGAGCGAACUGAUUACGAUCCCUCAUGUCUCAGUUCAGACUGAUUUGGCUCAUUCCAAAACUGAGCUGAGGUACAAGAAACUUUUAUCCAGUGUAGAUUUGACCAAAGAUUUUUUCUAUAGCUAUACAUACCCUAUAAUGCAAAGUUUGCAAAGGAAUGUGAUGUCGAUGGGGGAAGAAGGAAUGUCCUAUGACAAUAUAUUUGUGUGGAACGCUUAUCUAACACAAGCUAUUCGAUCGAGAUGCAACAAUACCAUUUGGACUGUAGCUCUUGUUCAUGGGAAUUUUAAGCAGAUCAGGCUAUCAAUUUUUGGGAAGGAUUUCAGUGUGUCUCUGACCUCUAGACGCUCACGGCAUUUUGCUGGGACACGGUACUUGAAGAGGGGAGUGAAUGAUCGUGGAAGAGUUGCCAACGAUGUUGAAACGGAACAAAUUGUCCUCGACGAAGAAGCUGGGUCCUCCAAGGGUAAAAUGAGUUCUGUUGUACAAAUGCGCGGUUCGAUUCCACUUUUCUGGUCUCAAGAAGCUUCUAGAUUCAGUCCAAAACCUGAUAUAAUAUUGCAGAGAUAUGACCCUACAUAUGAAGCUACUAAGCUGCAUUUUGAAGACCUGGCAAGGAGAUACGGGAACCCAAUCAUCAUUCUCAAUUUGAUUAAGACUUUUGAGAAAAGGCCUCGAGAAAUGAUGCUUAGGCGUGAGUUUGCAAAUGCUAUUGGGUAUUUGAACCAAAUCCUCCCAGAAGAGAACCAUCUUAUACUAAUCCACUGGGACUUCCACAAGUUUGCAAAGAGCAAGUCUGCAAAUGUCUUAGCAGUGUUGGGUGCUGUUGCAAGUGAAGCACUUGACAUAACGGGCUUUUACUAUAGUGGAAAGCCUAACAAUGUCAAAAAGAAGGCGACCCAGCUUAAUCGGUCGACCACUGGAAGGGAUUCUUCUUUGAGAGAUGUGAGAUCAAAUUCAGGGGAUCUGACUAGAGUUGCUUCAAGCAAUAAUGAAAACCUUGACUCUGGAGCCAAUCGAGAUAAGGAGAAUGAUUCCAGUGAACACAAGAGAGAUAACAAUAAAGGUGAAAAACCUCAAUUUCAAAGCGGGGUCCUCCGCACAAAUUGCAUCGAUUGCUUGGACCGUACAAAUGUUGCUCAAUAUGCCUAUGGGCUUGCUGCUUUGGGGCGCCAACUCCAUGCCAUGGGCUUGACGGACACGCCCAAAGUUGAUCCUGAUAGUAGCAUCGCUGCGGCCCUCAUGGAUAUGUAUCAGAGCAUGGGUGAUGCCCUUGCCCAGCAAUAUGGGGGAUCAGAAGCUCAUAACACGGUGUUCACGGAGAGGCAGGGUAAGUGGAAAGCAGCCACCCAAUCCAGAGAGUUCCUGAAGUCUAUCAAGCGAUACUACAGUAAUACCUACACUGACGGAGAAAAGCAGGACGCUAUAAAUUUAUUUUUGGGUUAUUUCCAACCACAGGAAGGGAAACCUGCUCUGUGGGAGCUGGAUUCCGAUUAUUAUCUUCAUGUCUCUGGUAUUGGAGACGACUUUUUCCCUCAGAGCCCAGGAAGUAAUACGAAGCCGGGAGGUGGAUCUCUAAUCUCUCUUGCACCAGUUCCAGCCUGGAGGGAAGAUUUCUCGAGGAUAAAGUUGACUUCAUUUGACAAAUUAAUUGAGAAGACGUGCAGUUAUAUAAAGAAUGUUAGAUUGUCCAGUGAGCGGGACCAAAAGCCAGGCGGUGGCACUGGGCCUGUAGGUGUCGCACCCGAUGCAGCUGAGAUACAGCUCAAGAGCCCCAAUUGGCUCUUUGGGCAGAGGAAGCCCGAGGAAAAUGUUGCAGUGCCCAAAGCUGCUUCCAACGAAGCUUCAAAGGGAGGAUCUCAAGGUGAAGCAAAAUCUGAUGGCAUCCGUGACCUAAAUUGGCUUUCUUCCCUCAGCCUCGUCGAGGAAGAAAAUAUUUUCCAGAGGUAUCUUGAAACAACCUCGAUGGAUGAAGCCAACGGUUGGUAUGGAGGAACACUGCUUGGCGAUCUAGAUGAGAACAGUGAAAUAUACAAGCAUUAUGCUGAGCUAUGCCAGGGUCCUGCUGUCGAGCCAUUCCAGAAUGAUCCUGAGAGAGAGAGGCACUACGCGGAGGCACUCCAGAUCGGGAUCGUCGAUCUCAAGGAUGAUCCUGCAGUUGAGGCAGAGAUGGCAGCAGCUCUCCAGGAGUACAACCAGGUCGGCUCUGAUCUCGGGAUCAUCAGCACGUCUUGCAGAUCCUUCGCUGAGGAUCCCAGCUGUCUGACAAGGUGGAUCAUCGGAGAUGAGAAGUUGCAGUAGACACAUUAUUUAUUCACCCCAUGUUUCGUUUCCUCUUGUAAUUAGUUGUGGAAAGAAUGAAAUAGAGAAGGCAGCACCUUUAUACGAGACAGAGUCGCUCGGAAGGGACGACAGAAAUUGUCCGCAGCAGCGAAUAUUUGAAGUCGCUGUGAUUACGUGAUUAUUCGGUUUGGUUCUUCGGUAAUGUAGAUAUAAAUUGCGCGCGCUAUUCCAGCAA